GGAAUUCCCUAACGAUCAUUACCAGACACCACAUAUGGCCAACAUGAAUAGUCUCGGUCUUGUGUUGAGAGCUCGGUUGAGAACUAAAGCUGGUCAGUGUCACCUCUCCAAUGGUAUCUCAAGAUGUCCAGUCAGGGCCUACUCCACCCGCACACUCAGCAGUGUUCAGAUACCUCGGUGGGGGGCAAGUGCUAUGUGGGGGGCAAGUGCUGGACUAGUUGCUCUAUUGGGCUACUCCUUCUCAUCACAUGCAGACUGUCUCUCCAAUGAGAUCCCAUCCUUGACACUGUAUCAGUAUGCUACGUGUCCAUAUUGCUGCAAGACGAGGGCCUUCCUUGACUACUACCAGGUGCCUUACACGGUGGUGGAAGUCAACCCUCUCUUUCGUAAAGAGACAAAGUUCUCUGAAUACAAGAAAGUUCCCUUUGUGACUGGGGGAGGUGUACAGGUGAAUGACUCUACCCUCAUAGUGAGCUCUGUGCGAAGUGCCAUGGUCAACAAUGGACUCUCUAUCUCUCAAGCACUUGACUUCUAUCCCCUGGUCCCAUAUACUGACAGUAAAGGAAAGACUCAGGAAGACAGAGCCAAUAAGUACUUCAUAAUGUUCCCUGAUGGUGGGUCUGACUCCCUCUCACUAGCACAGAGGAGGGAGGAGAGGGAGUGGAGAGAAUGGGUCGACAAUAAGUUGGUGCAUAUUCUACCUUCCAACAUCUACCGCACCUUCUCUGAGUCUAUCACAUCGUUUGAUUACAUUUCUUCUGUUGGUAACUUCAGUCGCUUUGAGCGCGUGGCUACCAAGUAUAUUGGAGCUGUGAGCAUGUUCCUAAUAUCCAAGAAGCUCAAGAAGCGUUAUCACCUCAAGGAAGAUGUUCGUGAGAGUCUGUACGAUGCUUGCAGUGAGUGGUUAGCAGCUGUUGGAGAUCGGAGAUUCAUGGGAGGGGACAGUCCCAACCUGGCUGACCUGGCCGUGUACGGUGUAUUGAGCUCUACUGAGGGAAUGGGCCCAACAUUUGUUGAUGUCAUGGCCCACACUAAGAUCGAGACCUGGUACAGAGAUGUUCAGCACUGUGUAGACAAAGGGCUUGGAGGAAACACAGAUAAAGAGGAUUGAACUUUGAACACUUCAUAUAAUAAUCAUGGACAAUUUAAUAAUUAUGCUCAUUAUGUCAUUAGUUUGUACUCAUCUUUGUAAGCAUGUGAUUCUUGCAAUAAUAAUAAUAAUUGAUUGGUUGGAUUGAAACCACAUGA